AUAAUGAGUAAUGAACCGGGAGCAAAAAUGUGGAAAAAUUCAAAGUCAAACCCAUGAGAAGCACACAACACAACAACAUAAAUUGUUAAAAAUGGGAGAAGACAAGUCAACCAUUGCAAAAGACGUUACUGAAUUGAUUGGAAAAACUCCAUUAGUAUAUCUCAACCAUGUUGUGGAUGCUUGUGUUGCCCAAAUUGCUGCAAAGCUAGAAAUGUUGGAACCUUGCUCCAGUGUCAAAGACAGGAUAGGAUAUAGCAUGAUUGCAAAUGCUGAGGAGAAAGGACUCAUUAAACCACAAGAAAGUAUCCUCAUUGAGCCUACUAGCGGAAACACUGGCAUAGGUUUGGCAUUCAUGGCUGCUGCUAAGGGUUAUAAACUUAUUAUAACCAUGCCUGCUUCAAUGAGUCUUGAGAGAAGAACCAUUCUCCGCGCUUUUGGUGCGGAGUUAGUUCUCACAGAUCCAGCUAAAGGUAUGAAAGGAGCUGUUCAGAAAGCUGAAGAGAUACUAGCAAGGACUCCCAAUGCAUAUAUUCUUCAGCAGUUUGAAAAUCCUGCCAACCCAAAGAUCCACUAUGAAACCACUGGACCAGAAAUCUGGAAAGGCUCUGGUAGGAAAGUUGAUGCUCUUGUUUCUGGUAUAGGGACCGGGGGUACCGUAACAGGUGCUGGGAAAUAUCUGAAAGAACAGAACCCCGAUAUUAAGCUAUAUGGUGUUGAACCACUUGAAAGUCCGGUAUUGUCCGGAGGGAAACCUGGCCCUCAUAAGAUCCAAGGAAUUGGUGCUGGCUUUAUCCCCGUUGUUCUGGACAUUGAUUUGCUUGAUGAAGUAAUACAAAUAUCUAGCGAAGAAGCUAUUGAAACUGCUAAACUUCUUGCAUUAAAAGAAGGUUUGCUGGUGGGGAUAUCAUCAGGUGCCGCUGCAGCUGCUGCAAUUAAAAUCGCAAAGAGGCCGGAAAAUGCCGGAAAACUCAUUGUUGUUGUUUUCCCGAGCUUCGGAGAGCGCUAUCUAUCGACUGUUCUCUUUGAAUCUGUAAAGCGAGAAGCAGAGAACAUGGUCUUCGAGCAUUGAACUUACAUCAAACCAAAUGAAUCUUUUGCUUCUCAAAUUUUAAGUGGGAAUAGUAGCAUGGUGCAGUUUGCCUUUUUCAUAUAAAUCUGAAAAUAAUAUUUCUGUUAUUAUCUUUGUAAAUUUAAAUUCCAUUAUGCUGGCAGAAGUGCGCAUUUGUAAUAAUGGAAAAGGACAUGUGAAAUUUUUUGUCACAAAGCAUAUGUGAAAUUUUAACAAAAAUGACCUAUUUCCCAAAUAAUUGUGUAGCUCCCUCGUAGAAUUGUAAGAUGGGUCAACUUAUAAUUUUUAUGGGAAAUGGGUAUAACAAUUAGAGUUUGAUCAAAA